GAAGAAAUGCUAUACAGGCUAAACAAACCCAGUGAUAACAACUAAAGCUCUGUUCCAAGGCACACUGAUUCAUAGUAACUCCUUUAAAACAGAAAAGACACCACCCUCCCACACCACCAGAGGAAACUUAAACCACCACCAGGUCACUCCCCUUCACUCCAGCUCCGCACUCCAGGACAUCAGCAGUGCAACCCAGCACUCUCCUUCUUCCACAGGUGCCAGCACCGGCCCCAGCCCAUACGAUCUCUCCGUUUCAGUGACACCACCUAGAAGGGACUCAAGAUGUUGGUACUACUGGCUGGUAUCUUUGUGGUUCACAUUGCCACUGUCAUCAUGCUCUUUGUCUCCACCAUUGCCAACGUUUGGAUGGUGAGUUCCUCCAGCUUUGGAACGAUCUCAACAGGACUCUGGCUGCUGUGCAAUAAGACUUGCAAUCAGCUUUCAGUUAAGAGCGGUGAUGAGACUUCCCUCAAAGUCGUGCAAGCCUUUAUGAUCCUCUCGAUCAUUUUCUCCGUCGUGGCGCUCAUCCUGUUCGUUAUCCAGCUGUUCACUCUGGAAAAAGGCAAACGUUUCUACAUGACUGGAGCUGUCAUGCUGGUUUGCUGGAUGUGCAUUCUGAUUGCAGUCUCCAUUUACACAGCUCGGUUCACAGGCAAGACGCAGUACGUCACAAAUCCUCACCAUGGCUACUGCUUCAUAUUGGCCUGGAUCUGCUUUUGCUUCAGUUUCAUCAUCGGCAUCCUCUACCUUGUUCUUAGGAAAAAAUAAGGCUGAUGGGGGUCUAGGGGAGAGGGCUUGCUACUGGGAAUGGGGAAGAAUUACUCUGCUGAGAGAACUGUUGGACCAAUAGACAGAAACAGCCACCAUCAUCACCACUGCCACCACCACAGAAAAAUCACUAACAAAGGUAGAAUCCUGAGAAACUCCUUCACCAAAGAGAGGGAGAAAACUAGCUCCUACUCAUCUCGCACUUCUGGGGCUAGAAAUCUGCAAGUGACCCAGACAGCUCUUCUGCUUUUCUGCUAAGUCAUGUCAUACCUUCACAAAGCUUCAAGCUCAGCAGUGAUGAUUGAAGGGCACCACAAAAACAAAGGCUACACUUUUUUCUCUUCUUAGAGCCCUUCUCACUUACCUUUGAGUUUGCCUUGUGGAUUGGGCAGUGAGGAUUAUGACCCCUUUAUUUGUCCAUUGAAACAAAUGGAAUGGGCCUUUUGUUACAUUCUUAAAUAUAUAUAUAUAUAUAUAUAUAUAUAUAUAUGUGUGCAUAGGUGAACGCUAAAGACAUUAAAUUAGAAGCAACCAGAAGAAAUCAGAUAAAUUUUGUAUUAAAAUACCUACAAAAAUAAGGCAGCAGAUUUUUUUGCUGUUCUGUUUUCUAUUUGACAUUCCCAUGAUUCCCAGGAAUGGCAAAUAUACAGGCAUUGAUGAUGGAGAGAGAGAGAGAGAGACAGAAAGUGUGCGGGUGAAGAUAUGGGUUUCUAACUACAGAGGAUGCAGUUGAUCAGUGGUGCACAUGCAGGGAGGGAAUCGUCUGGGUGUGUGUCUGCACGAAAAUAAUCUUCUGUUCAACUCCAGAACAUGGUAACAGACUGCAAUAUCACAGAUCUUUACUGAGACAAGUUCUCAUCUAUAGACAGGGUUUUUUUCCCACAUCAUCACCUGGUACAUGGUAUUAAUUGAGAAGCCCACCUUGUGACAAAGUUCAUCUCAAAAGCAGAUAAUGGUUAGCAGAGGAAAUGUAUUCCCAAAUGAGAGAUUAGAAGAGAUGGAGGGCUUGUGAGUUUUGCUCCUUGAUGUACAACCUUAGGCCAGCCACUUAAUCUGGUGCUUUUCCAUCUGCCAAAUUCUUCCAUAGAACUAGAGCUACCUCCCAGGGUUGCUGAGAGUUUUUGAGUCCACUCUGUAAUACAAGGUUCCCAUAUGAAAGGCUGGCAUAGGAAAGUAAGGCAUUGGUACUGCCGCAACCCACAAUUUUCUGAUAGUUCGAAGAAUCUCAGUCACAAGAGGCAUUUGCAAGGAAUGAGGUCAAAAUUCCCUGUGACUCCAUUCACAGCUAAAAGGUAGAGAGUAUAAAAAACCAUGUCAGUGCAGAUUGUGCAUGGAUGCUAUUUACCUCUCUCUCUCUUUCUGUUACAUUUUCUUCUUAUGUAGACUUUAUCAAUUUGGUGGAUAUAUUCUAGUACUGUAUGUUGCUGUUUCAUUAACAAAGGUUAUUUCAUAUAUAGUCAUUGUAAAUAUUUUGAAAUGCAUAUUUUUAACUUUGUGGGUAUAAAAAUAAAAUCUGAUUCCCUUUAU